UUUGUGAGCGGCAUUUAGCAAAGUACCCAAACAGCGCCUUGAGAUCCAAACUUUCUCAUUUUUUCCCGCCAUUAUCUCUAUCACGUUCAAGCAAAUAUGGCUGCUGAAAAUCCAAACCCUUUCCAAGCUUUGAUCCAAACAGUUGAAAGAUUCUCGAAUUGUGUUCAAACCCACCUCUCCAGUUUCACCCAACAGGUUCUUCGUUCAUCACCCACCAAGAAAAACCCUCUCAUCUCUCUUUCAUCGUCAGUAAACGCCGACUCCUCGACCACCGCGACCAAUCUUCUCGUGAAGAAGCCAGCUGCACCGAUUACUAAAGAAGAACUUGGAAGAGCUACUUGGACUUUUCUUCACACUCUUGCCGCCCAGUAUCCCGAAAAUCCAACAAGGCAACAAAAGAAGGAUGUAAAAGAGCUGAUGUCGAUAUUAUCCAGAAUGUAUCCCUGCAAGGAAUGUGCAGAUCAUUUUAAAGAAGUUUUGAGAGCUAAUCCUGUAAUGGCCGGAUCUCAUGAUGAGUUUUCCCAAUGGCUCUGUCACGUGCACAAUGUUGUUAACAGAAGGUAAAAUUUAUCUUCUUUGCUGCACCUCAUAUGCUUGCAUAUCAACUAGCAUACUUGCCUAU